GUCUUUCCAGGGGGUUGGCAAAUUAUCGGUACUCGGUUAAUUUGUUGUUUGGAAUACAUAACUUAAUGAGACAGAUUGUUUGAAUUAAAGACCGGAGGGGCACGGCAGGAAUCCAACCAUUGUGCUAUUUGCUCCAGAGUUUAGCACAAUUCUUGUCCUAAUCAGUUCACCGCGUUUUGCAUAAACUGGAGGAUCAAAUCCUGGAAGCCUAGAGGCUAUCUACCAGAUUACGCCCUCUCCUUGGUGUUGCUGGCCGGAAAGGAAGAUCCAGUUCCCGCGAAAGGACAAAGCAACCCAGAACCCGCCUGUGCCUAAGCUUGUUCCUUGCCACCGCAGAAGUAUAGUCUUGCCUCCCACCCCCACACACACCGAAGGAAGCUGCCCAAGGCAGGGGUGCUCCCGGCCCUAUCAGGCUCGCAGCAUCGGGUAUCCCAUGCGGGACACCAGGGUCGCACAGUUUGCCGCCUCCCCCUCUGAGGACAAUCCCGUAUCUGUUAGUUCCUAGGCUGAUCGGAGCAAGAGAGACGGGUAAGGAGGCCGGGAAAGGGUAGUCGGCGCGGUUCUCCUAGUCCUUAGCUCCCUCCUUGCCACUCGGCGCUCGGCAAACUUUUCGGAGUUUUCCUGCCCUUGCGUCACGGAAAAGGCAAGCGGGUGAUCGAGUCCAGGAGGCGGAGGCGAGGCCCCGCGGCGGCUGGCGAGCUCCCCCGCGCGGCGCUCCAACCCGGGUGAGAGGUGGCUCUCGGCACCGGCUACUCGGCGGCUGAGAGCUUGCAGCUCCCCGACUCCCGAGUCCACUUCCCGGAUCCCCGCCACCCGGACUGGACCGGGCUGCGGGGGCGCCCGCCAGAAGGAAAGAGGGCGGAAAGCCGGCGGUGGCACCCUGGCCUCGGGAGGGCGGAGCCGUGCGGUCCCUGCUCCGCCUGGACGCGCGGAAGUGCUGUGGAGUUUGCUCAAUUCCCUAGCCUGCUUCCCUCAUACCUCCCUCCCCCUCUCUCUCUCCUCCCCUCACCUCCCCUACUGCUGUCCCCUCCUUCCUCGGGACGCCACCUCCUGGACUUCUUUUUCUUCUCUUUUUGGAUUUUUGUUUUGUUUUGGACCUGGCUUCCCGCUGGCAGCGCUGAGGGGCUGCAAGUGCGGGGGAGAAGGAGGCAGGAGGCUGGGGCUCAGCUCAUCCCUCUCGGGCAGCAUCCCCCCGGGCAUCGCGGAGAACGAACCGCCGGCCGGCCGGACAAACAGCCGGCCGCGCCAUCUAUUCGAAGGAACUCCAUCUACCAACUACUGUUAAGUGUUUGCUGGCACACCAGUGGUGGGGGUGGUGAUGGUGGAGGUUUCUACUAGUGUUACCUCUGGACAGGGGUCCUGGGACUCGGAUCAGGGUCAGCUUAGUACUCCGAAACUGCUGAGGAAUUAGGGCAAACAAAAGAGGCAGAGAGGGAGAGAGGGAGAGAGGGAGAGAGAGAGAGAGAGAGAGAGAGAGAGAGAGAGAGAGAGAGAGAGAGAGAGAGAGAGAGAGAGAGAGAGAGAGAGAGAGAGAAGUCCUCUGAGCGGCUUGUCGCGCCCCCUUGUUCUCUGGGGGUGGGGGGCUAGCCAGUUGCAGGGCGGGAAGAGGGCACCAGAGCGGGCUAGGCAGGGUCGCACCCCCUAGGUCGUGUAGUUAUCCUCCGGUUGUGCAAGCUUUGGCCCUUGUUUUCCCGGCCUGGCUCGUUUGGAGGCCGGACACAUCCACCCUUGGAAUUGGUUCAGGACUCUGCUGUUAUUCUCCUCGCCCCUCUUGGAUUUUCUGGAUUCUUGAAGACGCGGUGGCCAGGGACGAGAGAGGAAGGAGGAAGGAACAGAUCUUCAGAGGAAUGUGAGAGCCUCCCAAAGGAGCGGAGAGCCGGGGAGGCAGAACCUUGCCUGCGUUCCUGGGACCGUGGUCCGUGGCUGAUUCUUUUCAGUUGUACAACAUUGUUCUAGUGGAAAGUGUCUGUCGCAUUCUUGUUCUAGCAGAGCUUGUUUCUCCAGGCAGAUACCCCAAGGCUGGAUAAGGCUGUUUCUGGACCAUGGACAUUUCUUUGAAGAGAAGGCAGCUAGACCGCAUCUUGUGCAUGCCGAGACCCCUGCCUGAGGGUCUGAGUAAGGUAUACUAGACUUGGAGCUGCAAGUACAUUUUUGGACACCCUGCUGAGCAUCCUGAGUCCUGAGUCCGGGCAAGGUAUUUUCCUUCCAAUAUUGACCUGCCCAGUAGUCUAGCCAUGGCACUGAAAGGCCGAGCCCUCUAUGAUUUCCACAGUGAGAACAAGGAGGAAAUAAACAUCCAGCAGGAUGAAGACCUGGUUAUCUUCAGUGAGACCUCACUGGAUGGAUGGCUGCAGGGGCAGAACAGCCGUGGGGAGACAGGGCUCUUCCCUGCUUCUUACGUUGAGAUUGUUCGUCCUGGCAUCAACACCAACCAUGUGGACUACCCCAGCAGCCUUGCAGGCUCCCUGGGCACCCAAGUGAGUUUGUAUAACAGCCCUAGUAUGGCCAGCCAAGCCAGGAGUGGUGGGGGCAGUGGCUUUCUCUCAAACCAAGGAAGCUUUGAGGAGGAGGAGGAUGAUGGUGAUGACUGGGAUGACUGGGAUGAUGGAUGCACAGUGGUAGAAGAGCCAAGGGCUGGUGGCCUCGGUACCAAUGGGCACCCUCCACUCAACCUUUCCUACCCGGGUGCCUAUCCCAGCCAGCACAUGGCUUUCCGACCCAAGGCACCCUUGGAAAGGCAGGACAGUCUAGCGUCUGCCAAGCGGGGCAGUGUGGUGGGACGAAACCUCAAUCGUUUCUCAUGUUUUGUGCGCUCUGGAGUGGAGGCCUUUAUCCUUGGUGAUGUGCCCAUGAUGGCCAAGAUUGCUGAGACAUACUCCAUUGAGAUGGGCCCUCGUGGCCCUCAGUGGAAGGCCAACCCCCACCCAUUUGCCUGCUCCGUAGAGGACCCCACCAAACAGACCAAGUUCAAAGGCAUCAAAAGUUACAUCUCCUACAAGCUUACACCCACCCAUGCUGGCUCACCUGUUUACCGGCGCUACAAACACUUUGAUUGGCUCUACAACCGCCUUCUACACAAGUUCACUGUAAUCUCUGUGCCCCACCUGCCUGAGAAGCAGGCCACUGGCCGCUUCGAGGAGGACUUCAUUGAGAAGCGCAAGAGACGACUCAUCCUCUGGAUGGACCACAUGACUAGCCACCCCGUGCUCUCUCAGUAUGAGGGCUUCCAGCAUUUCCUCAGCUGCCUAGAUGACAAACAGUGGAAGAUGGGUAAACGCCGGGCGGAGAAGGAUGAGAUGGUGGGUGCCAGCUUUCUGCUCACCUUCCAGAUCCCCACAGAGCACCAGGAUCUGCAGGACGUAGAGGACCGCGUGGAUACAUUCAAGGCUUUCAGUAAGAAGAUGGAUGACAGCGUCCUGCAGCUUAGCACUGUGGCAUCAGAGCUGGUGCGGAAGCAUGUGGGAGGCUUCCGCAAGGAAUUCCAGAAGCUAGGAAGUGCCUUCCAGGCCAUUAGCCAUGCCUUCCAGAUGGAUCCUCCCUUUAGCUCCGAGGCCCUCAACAAUGCCAUUUCUCACACCGGCCGGACCUAUGAAACUGUUGGUGAGAUGUUUGCCGAACAGCCCAAAAAUGACCUCUUCCAAAUGCUUGACACACUGUCUCUCUACCAGGGCCUGCUCUCCAACUUUCCUGACAUUAUCCACCUGCAAAAAGGUGCCUUUGCCAAGGUGAAGGAGAGCCAGCGCAUGAGUGACGAGGGCCGCAUGGCUCAGGAAGAGGCAGACGGCAUCCGCAGGCGCUGCCGCGUGGUGGGCUUCGCCCUGCAGGCUGAGAUGAACCACUUCCACCAGCGCCGUGAGCUUGACUUCAAGCAUAUGAUGCAAAGCUACCUGCGCCAGCAGAUCCUUUUCUACCAGCGGGUGGGCCAGCAGCUGGAGAAGACGCUGCGCAUGUACGACCAUCUCUGACAGAGACUCUGACCACACCCACACGUGCAGGUCCUCUUCCCAGCCUGACCUAGUCCCUGCAGCCCACCCUACUCCAAGCCUCCCUGCCCCUAGCAGUGGCUCAGGUGCUCAGGAGUGGGAGAGGCGAGUGGCCUGUUAGAAGAGAAGGGACUUUGGAGAAGUCCUGGUACCCCUGGAGAAGUCUUCCCUCACUUUAGAGAUGGGUGAAUGGAGAUAGAGUCCUCUGAGCCAAAGCCUGGGCUGCUGGUCAGUCCCUAGAGAGCAGGAGUCUCUGUAGCCGGUAGUUCACGCUCGCCUGGCCACCACACCCUGUUUAUUCCCUGGACUCUGUUGACUGCUGUGGCCAUGGCUGAGACACUAGUGACCAAGCCUGGAACAUGCCUGUCCCAGAAGAGGAUAUCAGACACUGCAGUGUGACAGUGACAUUUAAGGAUUCAUGGAAACUCCUUGAAGGACCGCAGAACUCUGCUGGGCAGGGGACGCUCCAUGGAGGAGGUGACAUUCCAGAAUAUCUUGAAGAAUUGCAAGGACCUACAAGACAGGAAAUGGGUGAAGGACAUGGGGAGAGGACCAAUGCUGUCUCUCUUCUUCUUCACCUUUUCCAAACAAAUUUGAUAUCCUCUCCAUGGGUUCUGGUCAGUCUGACAGAGGGAGGGAUCAUCCUUGCUCCGUGGUCCCUGGAUUUCCCUGCUGUACCGCUUCCGCAGGAGGGACUGCAGGCCAACUCCCUCCUAUAAGUUUUGGACUCCCCUCUACCUUGGUUGGGGGACUCCCCUCUACUUUUCCUUGUUGAGGGGACUCUGCAGCAACUUUCCCUUCUCUGGGCUCAAGAUGUUCAAGCCAGGAAGCACAGAGCCCUGGUGGUGCCUUUCCGGAGGAACCCGCAAAAGUGACCAGCAGGAACUCCCCAUUCUAGCAGGUCCAGGUCCCAAGUUCCCAGACACCUUUGCUUCUGUGGGCUGGUCUUCUCAAAUCCUUCUCAUUGCACAGUGGGAAGUCAGAGAGAAAGAAACUGGGAACUUUAGACCUGCUGCUUCUGGCCAGACUCACUCACAGGUUGUGCUACCACCCACCUAUGUUUACAUCCAGGAGUUACUGCCCCCUUACCCUUCAGGCCAGGAUGCGGCCCAGCAGCAUGUUGUUGGGAAGUGACCCUGUCCCCACUGCCUUCCUGGAAACCAUGGUCUGCUCCUGGGUCCUGCUGCUUCACUCUUUUCUCUUGAUAAACCUUUUACAGUUACUGUAACAGAAGCACGGUCUUUUCUUUCAGAAUCCUGGGAGCAGUGAGAGUUGGGGGGAAGAACAGAACCCAAACUGCCCCUCUGGACUGGAUUCAGUGAUGUUGGUGGGGUUAAAGUUAAUUCAUAACUUCAGAACAUUGGAGCAACACACCCCCAGCUGGCUCCAUUGCCUCCUCAGACCUGGGUCUCCUCAUUGUUUGCCUGUGCUUCGGUGCAUGCGUGCAUGCGUGCGUGCCUGUGUGUAUCUGUGUCUGUGUGUAUUUGGGAGGAGGUGCCCUAGGAAGCCAGAGAUCAACAUUAUAUCAGUGUGUGUGUGUGUGUGUGUGUGUGUGUGUGUGUGUAUCUGUGUCUGUGUGUAUUUGGAGGGAGGUGCUCCAGGAGGCCAGAGAUCAUCAUUUUGUGUGUGUGUGUGUGUAUGUGUGUGUAUUUGGGGGGAAGUGCUCUAGGAAGCCAGAGAUCAACAUUGGGUAUCUUCAGCCAUGCUACCUUAUUUUUUGAGCUUCUCAUGGGUCUGAAAUUUACUAAUUGAGCUAGACUGGCUGGCCAGUGAACUCUAGGGAUCCUUCUGUCUCUGCCUCCCUAAUGCUGGGAUUACAGAUAAUCGGUGUGUAUGUAGUCUUGGCUGGCCUGGAAGUCACAGAGAUUCACCUGCCUUUGCCUUCCAGUACUAUGAUUAAAGACGUGUGGUCAUGCCCAA